CACGAGAUGCCCCGUGUCUCGCCCGCCCCAGCGCCUCGCGGACCGGACAACGCGAUCAUUGCACCGUCGUUCGUUGCGGGCUCGAGACCUGACAACGCGAUCAUCGCACCGUCGUUCAUUGCGGGCUCGAGCCAGAAGCACACACCACGAUGGAGCACGAUGGCAGGCCUCCUGUAUAUGCUCACGUCGAUAGCAGCCACGAUCGGCGGGCUCGUUGCGAUGGCCGACUACCUCGCCAACGACUUUCUCUGGUUCCAGUUGGACUCGACGGCGCUAGCUCUGGCCAAUGUGAUCAAUCUCCAGCUACCACAGGUGAGCAGCCAAACGACCUUGGAUCUCUUCGCACCGUCGUCUGGUCUCUCCAAGCACGACGCUGUUGGCAGCAACAGUGCGUACACGCGCUUUCUGCGGUACGAAGCGCUCACGACACUCCAAGACGCAGUGGACGGGCUACGACAUCUCGAUUUGGUUUACGUGGCGAUGAUGGGUGCGCAGUACUGCUGGGUCGACUGGGAACGGCGCUGGGCUAUGGCCCACACACUCGCACGCCAAGAGCGCUGCCGCGACCGCUACGGCGCGAAUGGCGCCGUGUACCUCGAGUCCGUGCUGCGCAACAUUGACUUUAACGCGUGGGUCGACGUCACGCAAGGGUUGUUUACGCAGCGCAUCGGGGACGGUGUCGCCGAGUCGUCGGCGGAUGGACCCGCCUUUCUCGCAUACCUCGCGACGCACCAGAUGCUGGAUCUGGACAGCGAAGUCCACCUCUGGUUGGACGCGGGUCUGGCUCACUUUGUGAUGCAGUACACCAACGCCAACCAGAUCGGUCUCCACGACGUUAUUCAGAUUGAGAACGCGCUCGGUCACGUCAUUGCUUUUGAGAUCAAGGACAUUCCGGUGGCGAGCCGCGGUGUCCGAUGGACCACCGACUACAUGUACGGCGGGCUCCAGACGGACCUCAACAUCCCCAGCGGCAACCAAAGCCUCGUGCAGAACGCCAGCACCUUUGUUGGAGACGUGAGCCCAGGUCUCCUUGAAGCCGUCCUCGUGUGCUGGCCCCUACCUCCGGCAUUUCAAGCGCUGCACAACGACAUUGGCCCCCUCGACAACAUUGAUGUGCUCUGGGUCCCCGUGCCGAGCGCAGUGCUCUCGAUCGUGCAGACGUUUCGGUCGCUUUUGUUGGCCCACCUCGCGUCCAGCGCAGCGCUAGUGUCGACACUGGAUGCCAUCGGCACGCUAGAGCUUCACCCGACACCGCUGCAAUGGCAAGACCCGAAUCUUUUCUUCUACGGCGGCAACCCCACGUGUGGCUUUGGCGUCGGCCUUCCGUUCGUGCAAGAGUCGUUCAGCUUUGACGACUCGUGUGGAACGCAAAAGGCGCUCACGUACUCGCUGUCGCCGAUCGCAGGUCUCUUUGCCUGGACGAUGCUUGGUGACGUCAACGCCACCGCUUCCAUCUGUGCGCUUCUGCCAAUCGCCGAGGUGCAUGGCUGUGUACAAGCACUGCACACUGUCGAGGCUGCAGUAUUACUUGUGCCGUCGCUCUCGGAGCUUGGAUUCCCGACGUCGUCGCUUCCGCCACUGCAGCUCAUGCAGUUUGUCGGUCGCAAUACGUCGCCCGUCAUCGAGACGCAGCGCCUCCUCGAGGCUUCGUUUGCGUUGUUUGGCUGGCUGAGCGUUUACGAGUGGGCCAUGCAGACGCGCGAGGUCGUUUCCUUCGAAGGCGACGUCGCAUCCUGUACACUCAUGACAUCGGCUGCAACACCAAAGCCCUUGCCUCCGUAUGCACUCCCAUCGAGUCUGGGGACGUAUCUCUGGUACUGCAGUAACGCGGUGACCAUGGUCUUGGUGAGCCUGGCACUCUUGCUGCUUUGUCUUUGGUUGUGCUGCCACCGACCAUCGCACACGCCAUGGCGACACUGGAGCCAUCUUGUGAGCGCGACGUGGCUCAACCGCGGGCUCUUGAUGGCCCGUGGAGGCGCCGCGCUGCUCUGUUUGUCGUCGGCCGUGCCGCAGUCCGAGGCGACAGCCUUUGGCUCGCAGUUUGAUUUGGGCCGCCACCGAUCGCUGCUCGCCACGUCCCUCUUGUCCAGCGAAGCGACGUGGAUCCUCUCUGUGCUCCAUGAGAUGGGUCAUCCGCUGACGUCACCGUAUACCGCGAGCUACGCACGGUAUAGUCUGGUGUCCGGGUGGCUCUUUCUCGUGGUUCUGGACAUUGCGGCGCCAGUCCAAGUCUCGGUGACUCUGGAGCGUAGCUGCUCGUCUCAAAACAUGGACCGGGUGCUCUAUUGUACGAGCGGACACAUUGUCAUCGGUCGCUUUGACCGUGUCUGCACCAACGUCGCAGGGCUCGUCGCCGCAGCGUGUGGCAGCUACCUCGUUGUGCGACUGUGGACCGUAUUGAGGGAUGCGGAAGAGACGCCGUCGCUCUUGCUCAACUCGGCAGCGAUUGCCUUUAUGAACCGGAAGGAGCGAGUGCGCGCACCCAACAACGUUGUGACAGCGGCCAUGCUCUACAAUGACUCGAUGGCGUCGAUUGCCUGGAGCGCUCACGCUCCCCGGCGUCAGCUCCUGGACACCAGCGUACCUCUCACUCGUUUUGCGCAAGGCCUUCGAGACAUGAACCCGUGUAUGCUGCCGUGGAUGUUUACGCAGUACUGCUGGCUCGACUUGGAUCGACAUUGGGCCAUGGCCAGCACCACCAAGCGUCAAGCGCGAUGUGUUGCGUCUCAGAUGGACAAUGGCGCAGUGUACUUGGAGAUUCCGCUUCGCAACGUUCGUGACUGGGCCGCGUGGGAUCAUUGCUGGGGUGUCUCGUUUGAGAUUGGUUUUGUGUUGCACCUGCAGACUUCGCAGCAUGGACAACAGUGGCUCUCGAAUCUCAAACUCAACAUCAAUUCUGUUGAUGACGAAGUGGCUCUCUGGCGUCUCUACAACAUUACGCGGUUUCAGUUGCAGUGGCAAAACUACAAGACGAUUGGCAUGGUCGAUACCUUCUCGAUCACGUCGGCACUGGGCUACACGUCAUCACUGACGCUGAAGCUCUUCUUUGCACUUCUCGCGUUCAACGCAUCCCACGGCCCCAUGGUCAGCGAAGACGCAAGUGCCUUGUGUCGCUUGGACGCGUGUGCGGGAGCGACCUGCGCAUCUGCACUCAGCACGCUCGUCGCCUUCUUGGAGCAGUAUAUGGACACGUCCUUCUCCUCGCUGCCACCGCUCUUUCAAAGAAGCACGGACGAUCUUCUAGCACUGGACAUCCAAAUGAUCCAGUACUACUCGGACACGACGAAUACCGACACGCAGCUGUACCAGAUCAACCUCCUCGAGCCCAGCGAGCGUCUCUGGACGUUUUACGGUUGGCUUUUCCUCUACGAGUGGCUCAGUGGCCACCGCGAAGUCGUCUCGUUUCAAGGCGACACUGGACGUAUCACAACAAUGGCGACGGCGUACCCUGCCUCAGCGAUAACCCCCGACCCGCACGAGAUUCCCACAAGUUUCUCACUCGCGACUCUCGGCUGCACCGUCUACAUCACGUCGAUUCUCAUCGGCGUCACGUGCGUCCUCGCUGGCUACAUCCUCAGUAUGCGCGGCGUCGGCAUGGAAGCCAACAACCUAUUUGAGCUGAACCGGGUCGUGGGCCACGUCUGGGCCGGGCGCAGCUUCAUCUUGCUCCGGAGCGUGACUGCAAUUUGGAUGCUCAACACGGCGCCGCUGCUGCUGACGCAAGUGGGACAAGCGACGUCCUUUACGUCGCCGCCACUUCCAUGGUACCAAACGAUCCUCGCGGCGGGGGAAAGUACGUGGCUCGUCUAUGCGCUCAACGACUUUGGCAGCUGCGUCACACUGCAGUAUACGACCGCGUAUGCCUACAAGAGCUCGCUCUCGACGUGGUUCGUUUUGGUCCUUUGGUCCUUUGUCGCACCACUCUCGUACUCGGCGACUCUGGAGCGACACUGCACGUUUGUCGACAUGGACGCAGGCUUAGUUUGCUCCAGUGCGUCCAUCCACCUUGGCUCGACUCGACGUGUCCUGGGCGUCGUCGGCGUUGCUCUGAGCUGCGUCGGCGUCUGGUUUGGCUGCGAGCGAUGGCGUCUGCGAGGCAUGGCACCGCAUGACGUCCACUCGCUUCUCCUCAGCGCCCACUGCAUCUACAUGCUGGACUUUACGCACUGGAAGCACAGGGGCGCGUACUACCUCGACAAGACAUCGGCAGUCCUCGCUGGGUUAGUAAGCCUUGAGUUCCAUGACAAGUUGUACAUCUUUGACAUCAAGACGUGGCGGCUCUUCUCGUGCGCGCCUUCAAAAGACCACACACAACCCCAGCACUUUCAAAAUGCGAUUCCGCUGAGCCAGCUCUAA